ACUCUUACACCAAAACCUACAAUAUUUUCAAUCCUCUUAUACAUACCCUUCUUGCUAACUUUUUUAAAAAGCAAAAUUUUUAAAAUGGACACAGUGACAAGAUUGGUGUCAUCUAGACCGGUUGUGAUAUUCAGUAGAAGUUCGUGUUCUAUGUGUCACACAAUAAAGUCACUACUUUUGGAAUUUGGAGUAAACCCAGCCGUCUAUGAGCUAGAUGAGAUGACCAAAGGACCGGAAAUCGAGCAAGCCCUUUUGAGGCAUGGGCGAAAUCCAAUCGUCCCUGCGGUGUUUAUAGGAGGUGAAUAUGUUGGUGGAGCCAAUGAGAUAAUUAGCCUUCACCUUCAACGGUCACUACAACCUAUGCUCAAAAAUGCUGGAGCUCUAUGGGUGUGAGCAACCCUUAAUUAGCUUUCUCGUAAUAAAUGCGCUUUAUACAGUCGCAAUACAUGUUGGUAGUUUAACCAUGCCAAGUUGAGUUAACUAUAACCUCUUGUGGAGUUUUGAGACACACAUAUAUAUAGUUAAAAACAUUGCGAGUUGUUUUAUUUUCA